CCCAUCAAUGAGUACACCCAUCUACUAACUUCAUUUUUUUGCACUCUUUUCACAUUUUCCAUCAAUAUCACUAUGCUGAUAAAAGUUCGCCAUAUCUUGUUUUAUAAAAAAUCCAUCAGCAGAAAUGCAAAUAAAAAUUACAAGGCGGAAUUAUCACUGACAAUCACUAUGAUCUCUUUAUUUGUCCCAUUUUUUAUCAAUGCACUUAUUGUUGUUCUGGCCCUUCGAAAUCCCUCCUUAAUUGGUUAUAUCCUCUCAAUUCGCCCAAUUUUCAUUGACACAGCUACCGUAUUCGAACCAUGGGCAUUCUAUUACACUCAUCCAAUGUUCAAAAGAUACAAACGAAAAACUACAGUAUCCAGCUCCCCAAUUGCUAUGGUUGUGUCCUCUUCUGGACAUAGUCGAUGA